UGGUCCUUUUGCUCUGUUAUCCAACACACAAGUGGGUGUGAGAGUGACACUGUAUCAACACGCAUCCGACUUCUAACAAAUUACCUGAUAAAUUGUUAGUGAAAAAAAUCGAGGAAAAGAAUGUCGUCAAUACAGUUGGACAAAGUCAGUAGCAACACUGUGAAGAGAUCCGUUUCCGGGGAGCAUGUGGAGCUCAGCUCUUUAUGGAAAGAUAAGACAGUGGUGAUGUUUUUCCUGCGCCGCUUUGGCUGUCAGAUCUGUCGCUGGGCUGCAGCCGAGGUCAGCAAGCUGGAGAAGGACCUGAGAGAGAAUGGAGUGGCCCUCAUUGGAAUCGGCCCUGAAGAGACAGGACUCAAGGAGUUUGAGGACGGUGGCUUCUUUAAAGGAGAAAUAUACAUCGAUGAAAAGAAGCAGUGCUACAAGGAGUUAGGAUUUAAAAGAUAUAAUGCAAUCAACGUGCUGCCUGCUGCUUUGGGAAAGAAAGUACGAGAAAUUGCUUCAAAGGCAAGCAAUGAAGGAAUUCAGGGUAACUUCAGUGGAGACCUUCUGCAGAGCGGCGGCAUGCUGAUUGUAGCCAAAGGUGGUGAAAAGGUCCUGCUGCACUUUAUUCAAGAAACACCAGGAGAUCUUGUACCACUUGAAGACAUCACCAAAGUCCUGGGCAUCAGUGCCAGUGUGCAGGCUGGAGUGAGACCUCAGACUUGUGACAUCACUCCUAACAAUCAGAGGAAAGUUCUGGUUUAUUUUUCUACGGGUUCAGCGUGACGGGCCAAUGCUGACUUGCUCAGAUGAAAUAUAGUUGUAGAAUAGAAAACCUGUGGGGUGAACUGAAGAGGAGAGUCUACCAGCAUGGACCACAAAAUUUGAAGGAUCUGGAGAGAUUCUGUAUGGAGGAAUGGUCUCAGAUCCCUUACCAUGUAUUCUCCAACCUCAUCAGACAUUCUAGGAGAAAACUUAAAGCUGUUAUCUUGGCAAAGGGAGGUAGCACAAAGUAUUGACUAAAAGGGUGCCAAUAAUUUACAAAGAAACCUAUAUUUAACAAAGAUGUAUUUUAUAAACCUGUGUUUUGCUUGCAAUUGUUUGGUAUCCAUGAGAGCAGAGAAUUUUUGUGAAUUUAUUUGAACAAAAGAUCACAAGGUUAAACAAUAAAGACAAUUUUUCACAGCCUUCUUUGCUCAUAUUUACCAAGGGUGCCAAUAUUAGUGGAGGCUCUGUAUGUAUAUUUGUAAAUGUAAUAUCAGUGGGAAACAAAUGGCACCCCGAUCGGGAAAUCAUCCAUAAAGCCCUGUGUGUGUGUGUGUGUGUGUGUGUGUGUGUGUGUGAACCCUGUCCACCGACAAACACAGCACUCCAUCCUGUGUAAACACUCUGUCACUCAGAAUGCAGUCAGGUCUCUGAAGUCAGAAAAAUUUUCCACAUAGUCCUGCAGGAAGGAAGCAGCCCAGCAGACGCAGUCUAGACGAGCUGGAAGUGUUAUGAUCACAUCAUGGCACACAUUUAUCACCUAUUAUCAAUCUUGUGUCAGGUCUGAACCUAUCAGCGUGUACAUCUGGGUCACAUUUAUGACUAUGUAUGGAAGGGAACAUUUCUAUUUCAGCUGCUUCAUUCACAAUGCAUUUAAAUAAACAUUUGUAAUGUUUGAGUGGUCAUUGUUUAAGCAGCCUGUGAAUAACAGGACAUGGCUUUGGCCUUAUUUACUCAUAAAAGGGCACCGUGGGAUAACUUCUUAGAAACACUUUCUCUGCUGAACUUCUCAAAUAACUGAUGAAUAGAAGUGAUGAUAAAUCAGCAGGCUUGACAUCGUUCUGCUCACCGCUCUGAUCAACAGCGUAAUAAUACGAAACCUUUAUUUGGUGUGUGUGUGUAUAUAUAUACAGUGAGGGAAAAAAGUAUUUGAUCCCCUGCUGAUUUUGUACGUUUGCCCACUGACAAAGAAAUGAUCAGUCUAAUUUUAAUGGUAGGUUUAUUUGAACAGUGAGAGACAGAAUAACAACAAGAAAAUCCAGAAAAACGCAUGUCAAAAAUGUUAUAAAUGGAUUUGCAUUUUAAUGAGGGAAAUAAGUAUUUGACCCCCUCUCAAUCAGAAAGAUUUCUGGCUCCCAGGUGUCUUUUAUACAGGUAACGAGCUGAGAUUAUGAGCACACUCUUAAAGGGAGUGCUCCUAAUCUCAGCUUGUUACCUGUACAAAAGACACCUGUCCACAGAAGCAAUCAAUCAAUCAGAUUCCAAACUCUCCACCAUGGCCAAGACCAAAAAGCUCUCCAAGGAUGUCAGGGACAAGAUUGUAGACCUACACAAGUCUGGAAUGGGCUACAAGACCAUUGCCAAACAGCUUGGUGAGAAGGUGACAACAGUUGGUGCGAUUAUUCGCAAAUGGAAGAAACACAAAAGAACUGUCAAUCUCCCUCGGCCUGGGGCUCCAUGCAAGAUCUCGC